CAGAAUGUUCAUAACAACAACCACUUAGCCUGGUACCAACAGAGAGAUGGAGAAAAGCCUAAACUGCUCUUUCACUAUGUUGGAAGUCGAGUUUCAGGGACUCCAAGUCGUUUCACAGAUGGUGGAUCUAACUCUGACUUCACUCUGACCAUCAGUGGAGUUCAGGCUGAAGAUGCUGCAGUUUUUUUCUGUCAGAGUUUCCAUGUUAUCAACAAGUCCAGAGGUCAGGUCACUGUGACUCAGCCUGGAGCAGUGAGCUCUGCUGUGGGGGGCUCCGUCACCAUCUCAUGUAAAACCAGUCAGAACGUUAACGGCAAUAACUAUUUAUCCUGGUACCAACAGAGAGAUGGAGAAAAGCCUAAACUGCUCAUUUACUAUGCUAGCAGCAGAGCAUCAGGGAUUCCAAGUCGUUUUACAGGCAGUGGAUCAAACUCUGACUUCACUCUGACCAUCAGUGGAGUUCAGGCUGAAGAUGCUGCAGUUUAUUACUGUAUGGGGGAGUUCUACAUCAACAGUUCAUCAGCAGAAAUCACUCUGACUCAGACUCCCGGAUCUCAGUCAGUUUCUCCAAGACAAACGGUCUCCAUCAAAUGUAAAUCCAGCAGACUUAUAGGAGAUGACAUCAACUGGUAUCUUCAGAAAUCAGGAGAAGCUCCAAAGCUUCUGAUUUCUGAUACAACAGCACGUCAGUCUGGAGUUCCAGAGCGUUUUAGAGCAAAAGCAGCGCAGACUGACUUUACUCUGACAAUCAGUGGAGUUGAGCCUGAAGAUGCAGGAGUUUAUUACUGUCAGCAGCAUAACAGCUAUCCGUUCACACAUCAGAACGUUUAUGUUUGGAGUGGAUACCACCGUUUACACUGGUACCAACAGAGAGAUGGAGAAAAGCCUAAACUUCUCAUCCACUCUGCGAGCCACACAGUAUCAGGGACUCCAAGUCGUUUUACAGGCAGUGGAUCAAACUCUGACUUCACUCUGACCAUCAGUGGAGUUCAGGCUGAAGAUGCUGCAGUUUAUUUCUGUCAGAGCUUCCAUGCUAUCAACAACUUCACUCUGAUCAUCAGUGGAGUUCAGGCUGAAGAUGCUGCAGUUUAUUACUGUCAGAGUUUCCACUACAUCAACAGUGAUGUUCGGCCCAGCCUGACAGUGUUGUCCCCCUCCGAUGAGGAGCUGCAGAAGGGGAAGGCCACACUCAUGUGUCUGGCCGACAAGGGCUUCCCCUCAGACUGGACUCUGUCUGUUGCCAUAGUUACUGAGGUCCAAGAGGGAAUGAGGGGAGUUCAUUUCAUCAUGACACUGCUGCCCCCAGUUGGAGAGGAGCUGAACAAGCUUAAGGCCGAACACAUCUGUCUGUCCUACAAGGACAAGAGUUUGGACAAGUUGGACAGCUACUUUAACAGCAGC